AUGCCUACCAAGGAAGAGUUCAUCGCAGAAGCGCACCGCCGCAUGGACAAAGUCAUCGACAUCGUCAUCGGCGGGCGCUACCAAGCCACCGUACGCGAGAUCGAAGCCGAGAUGACCGCCUGCGGCAUCCCCUUCACCCAGCGCGACGUCCCGAACUACGUGGAGGAGGAUGACGAGGACAUUGUCGGCACCGUGAACAUCGAAGCCGCACGCCAGCUCGCCGCCGCAUGGGACUGCUUCACCAAUGCAGACGAAUACAGCACCGCCGAUGCGAUCGACAAGUUGGGAGCACGCGUGUUUGGGCAAGCCUUGUGGGAUCGGGAGAUGUUGUGGUACCACAAUCACGGGGCGCCGACCAGACUGCCGUUCACUACCAGGCCAUUGCACAGAUAG